AUGAUUGGCGACUACGCGAAAUCAGAUACUGAAGACGAAGAAUUGCAGGACCUGGCAAGCAAUGUCUUUGCGACUGCGUUGCUAAAGGCGCCGAUCAAAAAUCCAGACGCGAGUAUUGAUGAGCUAUGUGCUUAUAGCACAACGCCAACUGUCGGCAACACGACUUGCCAUCAGACUGGGUACACGAAGAUACUCGAUCCGGAUACCAACGAGCCUCACACAUUCUAUCCGCUUGGCUGGUACGAUAAUGGGGGGUCCUAUCCCACCAGGCCAGAUCCUUAUGACUGGCUGGACGGCUACUACGACGAUGAUCUCUGGUGGGCGUUAGCCUGGAUCAAUGCAUACGACGUCACCGCCGAUACCGCUUAUCUCACUCUCGCGGAAGGCAUAUUCCUCGCUGUAUCGCGCACCUGGGGUACUUACUGCUCUUAUGGCGGUAUCUACUGGAAUUGGGAAAGGGACUACGUAAACGCGAUCGCUAAUGAGCUCUUCUUCAGUACAGCUGCGCAUCUGGCCAACCGCGUCCACGACGAUAAAAAGAAGACUCUGUACUUGUAUUGGGCGGAGAAAAGUCUGAAUUGGUUCGUUGGAAGUGGUAUGAUCAACGAGCAUGGUACAAUCAACGAUGGACUGACGGAGGAUUGUGCCAACACCAACAAGACUGUUUGGUCAUACAACCAGGGUGUAAUCUUGGGAGGUUUUGUCGAGCUUUACCAAGCUUCAAGCUCACCCCACUCCGCAUACCUCGUUCUCGCAUCGGAAAUUGCGAAUGCGGCGCUUGUCGCACUUGCGGACGAAAAUGGCGUUCUACACGACGAAUGCGAGCCGGACUGUGGUGCCGAUGGCGCCCAGUUCAAGGGCAUCUUCAUGCGUAAUCUGGCCAAACUUCACGCUGUGGCACCGGAAAAAAAAUAA